AGACGAGAACUAAAUUUAGUUAAUAUUAGAUGGUGUAUAAGUAAAUUUUUUUUAUAUAUUUGUGUGCAUUAUUAUAAGCAAAUACUAAUUGAAACGUAUUUAAAAUAAAGAAAAUUAUAAAAUAAUUAACAAUUAAUAUAGAAAAUAUUAAGAAAAAUGUCGAAACAUAAUGGUCAAGGCCCCGGAGGCUCGUCACAAACUCAAACCUAUAAAUUGGUUGUAGUGGGAGGCGGUGGCGUUGGAAAAUCUGCGAUCACCAUACAAUUUAUACAGAGUUAUUUUGUUAUGGACUAUGAUCCCACAAUCGAAGACUCCUAUACCAAACAGUGUGUCAUUGAUGAUGUGCCAGCUAAAUUAGAUAUUCUGGACACAGCUGGCCAAGAAGAAUUCAGUGCUAUGCGUGAACAGUAUAUGCGUUCAGGUGAAGGCUUUUUAUUAGUCUUUUCAUUAAACGAUCAUUCCAGUUUCGAUGAAAUUGCCAAAUUUCAAAAACAAAUUUUACGCGUUAAAGAUCGCGAUGAAUUUCCCAUGCUAUUGGUGGGCAAUAAAUGUGAUUUGGAACAACAGCGUCAAGUGUCAUUGGAAGAGGCUCAAAAUGCCAGUCGUCAAAUGAUGAUACCCUAUAUAGAGUGUAGUGCUAAAUUGAGAAUAAAUAUCGAUCAAGCCUUUCAUGAGCUAGUGAGGCUGGUGAGAAAAUUUCAAAUAGCCGAAAGGCCAUUAAUUGAGGAACGUCAUAAGGAUAGAAAGAAACGAAGAUGUUGUGUUUUGUAAGUUGUUUAAGGAAGAGGAGAAUAGUAAAAGAAACUGAAAUUAAAAUAACAAAAAAAAAAAAA